CCACGCCAUAAUACGCUUUCUUAAUUUGUAGUAUAAUACUUGUCUUUUUUAAGGUUUUUCUUAUUUUUUAAUUCCAAAUGCAGCUUUUAAGUGUUGAAAAGCCAACGCUACGUUUGUUAUUUAUCGUUCCUUCUCGUAAAGCAGUGCACAGUCCUUCAGCAAACACUAAACAUGGCAGACGAAACCCUUCACACUCUUACACCGCCGUCCGCCGUGGAAGAACUACCGGAGUCUGUUUCUGAGCCGCCGCUUGCGUCGGUGGCGCUUGAACUUCAGAAAGAGGCACCUCCCCCAUCAGCAGAUGAAGACAAGCUGAAAGAGGCAGUUACUGUUGUGGAGAAAGAAGCGCCGUUGGGCCCACAGCCACCGGAAGAACCGCUGGCAGAAGAUCACGUUACAGUCACCACCGGCAGCACGGAAAAGGACGCCGCACCGCCAGCGUCGCGGCCGCUGGCUGCUGCAUUGGCGGUGCCUCAAGAAUCUGAAUCACCAAAAACUGAAUCGAAGGAAGUGAUAGAACAAGCGGGCGAGAAAUCGGCGGAAAAGAAAAAGGCGCCGGAAUCAUAUGCUUCAUUUAAGGAGGAAAGCAAUAAACUUUCAGAUCUCUCAAAGGUUGAGCUGAAAGCAUUGGAAGAGUUCAAACAUUUGGUUCGAGAAGCAGUUGAUGAAGGGAUCUUCACGGCGGCCUCGGCCUCGCCUUCAGACACCGCAAGUGUAGCUGAAGAAGAAGUAUCAAUAUGGGGCGUGCCUUUGUUGAAAGACGAAAGGAGCGAUGUGAUUCUGCUCAAGUUUCUACGAGCUCGUGAUUUCAAAGUUAAGGAUUCAUUCGACAUGCUUAAGAACACAAUCAAAUGGAGAAGGGAAUUCAAUGUUGAUGAGUUGCUGAAGGAGGAUUUGGGGGAUGAUCUUGAAAAGGUUGUCUUUAUGCAGGGGCACGACAAGGAGGGGCACCCUGUGUGUUACAAUGUUUACGGCGAGUUUCAGAACAAGAAAUUGUAUGCCGAGACAUUUUCUGAUGAGGAGAAAAGGAGGAGGUUUUUAAGGUGGAGAAUUCAGUUUUUGGAGAAAAGCAUAAGGAAGCUGGAUUUUAGCCCCGGUGGUGUUAAUACUAUCUUUCAGGUUAGUGAUCUGAAGAAUUCUCCUGGACCUGGGAAAAGGGAUCUGCGAAUUGCUACCAAACAGGCCUUGCAUGUUCUUCAGGAUAAUUAUCCCGAAUUCGUUGCCAAGCAGGUUUUCAUCAAUGUUCCAUGGUGGUAUUUAGCUUUCUACACGAUGAUGAGCCCCUUCUUGACUCAACGCACGAAAAGCAAAUUUGUAUUUGCUGGCCCUACAAGAACUGCUGAAACCCUUUUCAAAUACAUAUCACCAGAACAAGUGCCAACUCAGUAUGGCGGUCUGAAUGUAGAUUUCUGCAACUGCAACCCAGAGUUCACUGUAGAUGAUCCUGCCACGGAGAUAACCAUAAAACCUGCUACUAAGCAAACUGUUGAAAUUAUAGUAAAUGAGAGAUGCACACUUGUUUGGGAGCUCAGAGUAGUGGGCUGGGAAGUGAGCUACAGCGCCGAAUACGUGCCAAAUACAGAACACGGCUACACUGUACUCAUACAAAAGACUCGAAAGAUAUUUGCAGCGGAUGAGCCUGUUGUAACAGGAAGUUUCACCAUCACCGAACUGGGCAAGGUACUACUCACCAUCGACAACUCCACUGCGAAGAAGAAGAAGCUACUCUAUCGAUUCAAGGUGCUGCCUUAAUCCCACCUAUAAUAAGCUUUUAUUUUGAUCAAAGAAACAUGUUGGAUCAGACAGCAGUUUGUUCUUCUUCAUCUAUUUAUGUGUCAGAACCUUCUUGUUGUUGGUAUAAAUCUUUUCAAUAUACUGUAUAACUUAAAUGUAACAUCUGAGACAUGACCUUUGGUGAUGAUUGCUGGUUGACAUUCGGAACUAAGUAGUUAGAGCUUUCAGUAA